GCCACAGUCGUUGCUUGAGAGCGAAACCCGUUUGAACGCUAGUCACUCACUUCAGUCCUACUCGCGUGUGCGGAUGGACGCACACUUGUGAAUGGGAGUUGUGAUAACGAGGAUAUGUUGGAAAUACCAGCGAUAUUUUUGUGAAGGUUGAUCACACACGUACACGUGAUCCUUUUUUCAUCGAGGGGUGAUAAUUAGAAUUGUGAAACAUCGUUGUGAUUUCGGAAAUUGCUUACAUGAUUGAUUCGUUGAACUUUGGAAAAUAAACAGUUAGAAGGAUGAUGGAGAAAGCGAUGCUGUCGGUGAUGGACGAGGUCGUGAUAUCAGGUCCGACGAUCAGUUGCCCGUCAUCGGCAGCUUGGUUCUACCUCAGCUUCGAGUUCCUCGCUGGCCUGGCCAUUUCCGGGUUUCUCAUCUUUCUCGGCGUCGUCAAGUCUUUCCUGCCGAAACCCCCGCGGGAUCUCACCGGCGAUGUAGUACUGGUAACAGGAGCAUCAUCGAGCCUGGGUAGUCUCUUAGCUGAAGAGUUCGCUCGCGGCGGGUGUUCAGUAAUUUGCGUAGACGAGCCUGGAAGUUCCGUCGACGCCGUAGCGUCGACACUCCGCGCCAAGUAUCCGGGAGUCGAACGCAUCGGCUCGCGGUAUCAUCGAAAGCAGCACGACGACGAUGACGCCACGGGAGGUGCUACGCCGUCGAGUAUUGCCUACAAUUGCAACCUUUGGGAUCGCGAGCAGAUCAAGACUCUUGCGAAAAGGAUGAAGGAAGAUGUGGGCCGGCUCGAUAUUCUAAUCACAUGUGCCGGAAGCCCGGAUGAAGCUGUUUUUGAUACAGUCAGCCGGACUCUCAUGAGCCAUUAUUGGACUGUACUCGCAUUCCUGCCCGCGAUGCUGCACCGAGAGCGAGCUCAUGUUAUUGGAAUCACGCCAACAGUAUCCACGGAGGACGCUUAUAUGGGAUCCAAAGCAGCCAUAGCGGGUUUGAUGGAAAGCCUGGGACAGCAGUUCAGCGGACGAAAUAAUAGACUGACUUUUAUGACUGUUGCGCCAAGAGCAGAGCCGAGUUUGCUUCGUCAAAACGAGAGAGAGAUAGCCAAAGAAGUUGUUCGAGCCGUUCAAAGAGACUCGUCUUACUUGAGUAUGACGUGGAGCUCGAACUUAUUAUAUAAUGUUAGCUGUAAGCUAUACAACGGAAUAACGACGGUGACGAGGUGGCUGAAUACGUAAAUCUCAUGUAAGCUCACGAUAAUCUACAUUAAAAUUAAGUGAAUACCAUUGUGUGGAAUAGUUUCCGCUAUCAACAUCUACGAUUGUAAGCGUUGUGUUUCUUUAAAUUAAUUAUAAGCCUAGCGUCUAUCUAACUGUCAAAUAAGACCUGUAUAUAUGUGAAAAAAAAGAGGAUUGAAAGGUUUUAUAAUUGAAAAUUAUAAUGUGACGUAUCAUACAACUUUCUACGCAAUAUAUCAGCUACUUUGGCACAUCGUUUCUUCAAGUAUUAUUAAAAAACAAAACAACUUUUUACAACGAUUUUAGUGGCUUUUAUAAAUGUUUGAAAGCGUUCUUUACGCCGAACAAGAAUUCUCGAAUGAAAUGCUAUGAUCAUUUUUAUUCACGCAAGCUCAUGUAAAUGUGAUUAUUUAAUAAGCGAUUAAAUAAAUUAAUGUUUCAUAGCCUUCUU